CAAAAGAAGUGGCUUUUGGGGUUUCUUAUUAGCUUCUUUACAUUAAUAUAUAUGUUACACAUUUCUAGUUGAUUAAUUAGUAUUUUUCCUUUUUGAAAGUUGUACGAUAGAUAUUGUUAAUGGAAGAAGAGGAAGGCAGAAGCAAGUUCAAAAGGGUGUGUGUUUUCUGUGGGAGCAACUUCGGCCAUAGAAAAAUCUUCAGCGAUGCUGCGAUUGAUUUGGGCAAUCAACUGGUGAAAAAGAAGAUAGAUUUGGUGUAUGGCGGUGGAAGCGUUGGGUUGAUGGGUCUGAUAUCCCAGACGGCGUAUGAUGGAGGUUGCCAUGUUCUUGGGAUAAUUCCAAAAGCUCUCAUGCCUCUUGAGAUAUCAGGAGAAACAGUUGGAGAACUGAGGACAGUAUCAGAUAUGCAUGAGCGCAAAGCUGCAAUGGCACGAGAAGCUGAUGCCUUUAUUGCUCUUCCCGGUGGCUAUGGAACAAUGGAAGAGUUGCUGGAGAUGAUAGCAUGGUCCCAACUUGGAAUACAUAAAAAAACAAUUGGAUUGCUUAAUGUUGAUGGUUAUUACAAUAAUUUGCUGGCUUUAUUUGACAAUGGAGUUGAAGAGGGGUUCAUCAGCACAGGUGGCAGGCAUAUCAUUGUGUCUGCUCCAACUGCCAAUGAACUUUUGGAGAAGAUGGAGCAAUAUAGAGGUUGCCAUGAACACGUUGCUCCUCAUGAAAGCUGGGAGAUGAAGCCACCUGGUGAUUGUCCAUUGUAGCAUGGAUGGUUAGGUUUCACCCUCUUGAUUUCUGAUGUGAUCCAUCAUCAAACGUUGUAUUUGAAUAUGGGCCACAUGUUGGUGGUGUUAACAUCUACUUUUAUGA